CGUGUGUCAAUUUUGAAAUUUACAUUUUAAUUUUUUUUUAUAAAAUUUUCUAAUUUAACCUUAACAACUGGUUUAAUUUUAUGCAAAUUUAAUUUAUUUUAAAGAAAAAAUUUAUAUUUUGCUUUUAUUUUGAUUUUAAUUUAAUUUUGAAUUUUGUUUUGAAACAUUUAAUCUUGAAUUUGAGCAGACACAAAACAUUUUUCAUUGCACUUUGAAUUUUAAUUUUAAUUUGGGGAUUUUAAUAUUGAUUUUGAGGGAGCUUGUGCUGCUGCUGUUGCUGCUGCUGCCGGUACUAGUGGUGCUCCAAAUAUAUCUGAACAAGAAACCAAUGAAGAUGGUAGUGCAUUAAAUAUAAGUGAUGUCAUUGACGCUAUUAAAAUACAAGAUCCACAGACAGCUAUUGAAAUGUUCCCAUCGGCUUCAGGUGGUAUGACACAAGGUGGCGGUAAUGGUGCAGGUAAUGGUGCUGAUGAACCAACAUUAAUGGAUCAUACAACAUAUAAUGGUGGUAUUAGAUCAACACAACAAACAACCGUUGUAAAUAACAAAAAUAACGAUAAUUCACAAUCAACAUCACCAAGACGAAAUCAACAUCCAUCUGGUGAUAAUCGUAAUUGGAAAAAUACUGCAUAUGUUAAAAUUGUUGAGCAACCAGCAAGUAAAGCAUUAAGAUUUCGUUAUGAAUGUGAAGGUAGAUCAGCUGGUUCAAUACCAGGUGUUAAUAGUACACAUGAAAAUAAAACAUAUCCAACAAUUGAAGUUGUUGGUUAUCAAGGAAGAGCAUUUGUUGUUGUAUCAUGUGUAACAAAGGAUAAACCCUAUAGACCUCAUCCCCAUAAUUUAGUUGGUAAAGAUGGCUGUAAAAGAGGAGUAUGUACAAUAGAAAUAAAUAGUGAGACAAUGAGGGCCCAAUUUAGUAAUUUAGGUAUUCAGUGUGUUAAAAAGAAAGAUAUUGAAUCUGCAUUAAUCGAACGUGAAAAAAUCAAAGUUGAUCCAUUCAGAACUGGUUUUGCUCAUCGUUUCCAACCAUCUAGCAUAGAUUUAAAUGCAGUUCGUUUAUGCUUUCAAGUAUUUUUAGAAGAAAAAACUGGUAAAUUUAAUAUACCAUUAACACCAGUUGUUUCAAAUCCAAUAUAUGAUAAAAAAGCAAUGUCAGAUUUAAUAAUAUGUAAAUUAUGCAGUUGUUCAAGUACAGUAGCUGGUGGUAAAGAACUUAUACUUCUCUGUGAGAAAGUUGCUAAAGAAGACAUAUCAGUGAGAUUUUUUGAAGAAAAAAAUGGUCAAAUAAUUUGGGAGGCAUAUGGCGAUUUUCAACAUACUGAUGUUCAUAAACAAACUGCCAUAUCAUUUAGAACGCCACGUUAUAAGGAUAUUCACGUUGAACGACCUGUUACAGUUUCAAUUCAAUUAAAAAGACCAUCAGACGGAGCAACCAGUGAAGCGUUACCAUUUGAUUUUCUACCAUUAGAUGCAGGUAGGCGUAAAUUUUGGUUUAUGCAUAAAACAAUUAAAGGUAAAGUCGAUAUGGAAAUAUUUAAGCGUAUCCUUUCUGAAGAUUCAGAAUCUACGACUAUAACAAAAACCUCACCAACUGACGGUAAAGAACAAACUUCUGAAAUAAUUAAUUUAGUAACACCAAAUACCGAUGAAGAAAAACCAAUUGUUUCUCCAUCAUCAUCUUUUGAUGACGCGCAACGUAAAUCUGAAUCUGAAGUUGAUAAUAUUGUAAAAGAUAUUGUCGCCAAUAUGAAUAUCGAACCGACAAAUGUUAAUCAAGAUCAGAUUGCUGAUAUUGAAAUGUCGAACGACAAAACAAAAGAAUGGAUUAAAUCAAGCGAAUUCGAACGAAAUGAUAGCUUAUUGAGUAAUGCUAGUAUUACAAUGGCAACAACAGAUGGGCAAAAUGUAAUGUUUUCAGAUGAAGAUAAAACUUUAAACGAUAUAUUGGAUCAAGUUGCUGAACUUGAUGAAAUAUAUACAGAUCAUGUUUUAAGACGUGAUACUUUUCAAAACACAAUUGCUAAUGAAUUAGCUGGUGUUGAAACAUGUAUGUCAAAAAAUACACGUGAAGCUGAUAUGGAAUUUGAUGAUGCUGCAACUGAAACAAGUUUACAAAAAGCUUUUAAAAACCCAAUAACAAUUGAAUUUCCACCAACACCACCAUCAUCACAGAUUGCACCUGAAGACAUAUUAAAUUUUGAUAAUACAUCAGAUAUGAUAAUUAAUCCUCAAUGUCCAAUAAUUGAUACAAAUACACCUCCAUCGUUAAAACGUAGCGAACAAUAUUUGAGUCAAAAUCGUGUUGAAGAAGAAAAACUUCCACCAUUACCACCAAAACGUAUUAAGAAACAAGAUAUCGAAAAACAACCAUUAAAAGAAUCACAGAAUAGACAAUAUUCUCCAAAAAGUAGUCCAGUUACAUUACAACGUCCACAAUCUCAAAUAAUUAUAAUGAAAACACCAGAUCAAUCACCACCAACCAAAAAAUUACCACCAACACCACCCAAUUCUAAUACCCUACCAAAACAAAAGAAACCGGGUUUCUUUUCAAAACUUUUCUCUAGAAGAAAAUCUAAAUCUGAUUUAGAGUCAGAUAAAAAUUCUCUUAAUAGCAUAAAUUCAUCUACACCCGUGACUAGUAAUAGUCCUCAAUCUCUCAAAGCAAGCCCAGAACCAUCACGUGAUCCUAGUCUAAAUCAUUUUAAUAUAAAUGAUCCAAAUAGAGCAUCAGUAAAAUCAUUACAACCACCACAUGUUUCAAAACCACCACAAGAAGAAAUUAAAAAUAAACAAGGUAAACCAGUUGGACGUAGUGUUAGCAGUGUAUCUGGUAAAAGACCACAUUUAACACCAGAUAUAAUUCAUAUACCAUUAAAAGGUGACAGCUUUAAUAGUUUACCAAUGAAUAAUGAAGCAUAUUCGAAUGCAAGCACUUUAACAUUAAGUAAUCAUCAUAAUUUAGAUCGUAAAACCGUUAGUGCAUUACAAUUAGCUGAUAUACCAAUACAAGAUGGUAAUAUGGAAUUAGUUGCUAUUGCUGAUGCCCAUUCAUUAAAAAAUCUUUGUGAAGGUGAAUUUGGUAUUGAAUUACAUCCAUCUGUUGAUUUAACUGAAGCUGAACAUUUUGCCUUGUAUACAAGUAUAGCACCACAAGCUACCACUAGUGAAUUUGAUGAAACAUCAUGCUAUUAUGCACCAGUUGAUGCCGGUGAAAUCUUAACACCAGCUGAAGUUGCUAAACGAUUAGCACAAAUAAAUAGUAGUAAUGGAAAAUAAAAAUAACAAAAAUUAUAUUAAGUUUUAUGUUAUAUAUAUUGUUGGAAAUCUCUUAAACAUAUUUGAAAUUUAAUAUUAUAUUAAAUGGAAUAACAAUUUUUUUGUAUUUAUUAGAAAAAGAAAACUAAAAAAAUUUGUAUGAAAGGAAAAAAUAAGGAAACAAUUUAGGAGUACUUUUUUUUCUCUAUGCUUUAAAAGAUUUACAAAAAUUAUAACCGAGGAAUAAAAUUUUUGGGGAAAUGGAAAAUUUUUGUAAAUUUGCGAAAAACAAAAAAAAAAACUUUACGCGAUUGUCAAUUAUUAUUAAAAUAAAAUUUUAAAAUUGACAAAAUGUAAAAUGAUUAUAUAUAAUAUUGUUGUUUAAAAUGUGCUCAAACUGAUGAUGGAUUGAUUGAUUAAAAUAUUUUUUCAAGGAACAAAAGAAUAAUAACAAUGAACUACUUGUUAUUUUUUUAUUGAAUUAAAGUAUGAAAAAGCAAAUCUUUUGAGAUGAAAUACUAUAAAAAAAGUCUGAACACAAAUUAAUUACCUAACUUUAUCUAUAUAAAAUCAUAAAUAUUAUAUUAUUGUAUAUAAAUAUUAAAAUUUAAAUUGAAAUACAUCGUAGAAAAUGUAUGAAAACAAUUAUAUUGGAAUCCAUAUUGAAUAUUUUA